CCUCGAAACCAUGGCUAGACAACCCACCCUCCUCCUCUUCCUCCCCUUCCUUCUCUUCCCCUUGGCAGCUUCCCACAACAUCACCACCAUCCUCGCUAAGUUCCCCGACUUCUCCACCUUCAGCGACCUCCUCACUCGAACUCAGCUAGCCUCCGACAUCAACAGCCGCAAGACCAUCACCGUCCUUGCCGUCAACAACGGCGCCAUCUCCUCGGCCUCCGGCCAGCCCACCGACGUCCUCAAGAAGAUCCUCUCCCUGCAUGUCGUCCUCGACUACUACGACGGCGACAAGUUCCACAAGCUCCGCAACCGCAGCGCCAUCCUCACCACCCUCUUCCAGUCCAGCGGCGUCGCCUCCGGCCGGAGCGGCUUCCUCAACGUGACCGACAUGGAUAACGGGCAGGUCUCGUUCGGCUCCGCCGUGCCGGGGUCGUCGCUCGACGCCAACUUCGUGACGGUCUUGGCGACGCAGCCCUACAACAUUUCGGUCGUCGAGAUCAGCAGCGUCAUCGUUCCACCCGGCCUCAGCGACGGGGCAGCGCCCAAAGCGUCUCCUGCGACGUCGAAGUCAGCAGCGCCAUCACUGGCCCCAUCGGAGGCUGCAGCGUCCCCGGCUUCCAACGCAAAGUCCCCGUCAGAGGACUCACCGACUUCAGGAGCUCCUGCGACAUCUCCGGCAGAGACAAUGGCCGCCGAUGGCUCACCGGCUGGAGCUCCGUCCGACGCCGCCGAUGGCCCCGCAGGUGAAUCCUCGGCCGCUGACGGCCUGGCUGUCGGUGGUGGAGCUGCCGCUGCCAUAUUAGGGUUUCUCUGGAUGAGUUAG